CCCAGUUCCAAUCAAAUCCAGUGUAGAUUAAUUAAAUAAUUUUUCACUAGACAAUUCCUUAAUGUCGCAAGGUCGUUCCUUGCUAUAUAAACUAGGGUAAAAGCCCGCUAAAGCCAGUCAAGUUCUCGAGCUUUGCACUUCACCAUGAACGCCUUGUUCGCCGUCACCGUCGCCUCUUUGGCCGCCUUCGCCUGCGCCGUCCCCUCCGGCCACCACGGUGGGGCCAUCGUCGCCGGCCCAGCUGGAGUAGUCACCGACCACGGCCCCAUCGGGCCCGCUGGCCACGGAGCCGGUCUGGGAGUCGGCCUGGGCCAUGGGCUCGGCUGGGGAGGUCACGGAUUGGGCUGGGGAGGACAUGGGGCUGUUGUUGCCGCCGCCCCCGUUGCCAUCGCCGCCCCCGUCGCCCACGCCGUUGUGGCCGGGCCUGCCCUUGGUCUUGGACACGGACUCGGACUUGGACACGGAGUCGGUCUCGGGCUUGGACAUGGACUCGCUCUUGGACACGGUCUCGGAGUUGUGACCAACGGAGGGGGCACCAUUGGAGUCAGCGCUCAUGGGGCUGCCGUCAAGGGACCCGGAACUGCGCCCGUUGUGGUUGCUGGACCUGCUGGUAAAAUCGCCGCCGAUGGGCUCUGGGGACCCACCGCCAAUGUGGGGCUUACCGGGGGACAUGGACAUGGCGGUUGGGGUCAUGGCGGCUGGGGUCAUGGUCAUGGAUGGUAAAGCGAGAACUUGACGGAUUGAUCGUUUGAACAACAACUGCCUCCUCUUAUGUUUAUAGUUUUUUGUAUAUUUUUGUAGAUUAUUUAUAUUAGGGUGUGUAAAUUGUCAAUAAAUGACGUGUGAUUAA